AUGCUGGGUAUAUCAAACCGUGAGUCUAAUGAUCCUGAAAGCCAACGGGACGGACUGUAUGGUAGUAUGCAUACAAUCAAACAAACUAAUGCAAAUAUACCUUCACGUAUCAUUGGUUCAUUGCUUUGUUUACUGAUCACUUUGUUCGGUGCAGUUUUAACCGGUUUUACAGGUCAUAUACUUGUUGCUUUUGAACAAACCAGCGAAAUAUUUGGAAGAUAUGUAUUAUUUGGUGGAAUUUAUGUUAUACUAACAUGUGGUAUAUUCAUUGUGUUGGUUGGUUUGCUUGGGUUUUUCAGUUUCAUACAUCCAAAUCGAUGUAUAUCUAUCACGACGUGUGUUGGUAUAAUUGUUCUCAUUGUUAUUACUACUUGUACAUCAUUGAUUGUUUAUAUGUAUCCUAAAACUAUGACAAAUUUGAUAUAUUAUCGAAUGAUCAAAACAUUUCCAAAUUAUGGCCAAAAUAUGCAAAUAACUAAUGCAUGGGAUGUUAUGCAAAGUAAUCUUAGGUGUUGCGCUAUACAUAAUCGAGGUUGGUCGGAUUAUAAUCAAACUGUUUGGUACAAACUAACCAACACUGAUAUACAUCGUCAUGAUGAACUUAUACCACGUACAAAUCUUUACUAUCAUUUUGUCCCAGUAUCUUGUUGCUUAACUAAAAUUGAUGGUUUGACCGGAUUCCCUUUACAAAUUUAUCGUAAUAAGAAACGUUGUCAAAAUUGGCAAUACGGUCCACCAACAUUCCUAAAUGGUCCACAUAAUGAUGCACUAUAUUAUAGAGGCUGUUUUAACCUACUUGUCGAUUAUAUUAAUGCAUACGCUGAAUAUAUGCUCGGAAUGGGAUUGACAGUUGUUAGUUUAUUGAUAAUCCUAUUUCUGUUGCUGCUACAUGCAGAACUUAAAAAUAAUCCAACUGAUCUACAAAUAUAUGACACAAACUUAUUAAAAAGCAAUCAUAAUAAUUAUUAUUGCGUUGAUAAUAAAUAA